CUAUUCACAGCAGAGCACGAUCUGCGCAACAGUCAGGAGACCGGGAGGGGAGAGGUGCCCGUUGUGUCCUCUGUCUGGAGCGGAACGAACUUCAGACUUUCGCAAAACGUUAAAAAACAUGAGUAUGUACGGCUCCAAUUCGAGGCUGCCCACCAUGGGCCAGAGAAGCAACUCGCGACCGGAUUUGGCGAGUGCAAGUUUUAGAAACGACGUGUUCGUCGGUGGAAACGGCUUCCACGGAGACUACCAAGGAGGGGACGCCGUGCACUCCUACAGUUCCUUCUCCAAGACCUCCAUGCAGGGAGGGGGCGCACCGAAAGUGACCAUGAGCAUGGGGGGCGCGAGUGGAGGUGGCGGAUUUAGUCCACAGGCAAUCCAUCAAAAAGGGUUGUUCCUGACAGGCCAGUGCCAGGAAUACCUGCAGAGAGCGAAGAUGAUUCUCCAGAGUGGGGGUCCAGCUGGAGAGGCAGACAAACUGUUGAACAUGGCUGCAGAAAGCAUGGAGCAGAUGAUGCUCUGUGGCAGAGAGCUGCAGCAAAUGCGUAUUCCCAAUGACAUCUUCAGAAGCGUCGACCAGUUCCAGCACAUGCAUGCUGCGCUCCAACAGCAACUAGUCGGUAGUAUGACCAUAAGACGGAACAGAGGCAGCGUGGGUUCCCUUGAAGGGGGGAGGAUCUAUAAUGACGCCAUGGCCUGGAUCGCUCAACAGAAGCGCAUGAUUGAGACGGCUGCAUGGGGAGAUGACUCUGAAGCUAUAGAAAAGCAAAUCCUAAACCACAACAAAAACCACAGCUCGGUCCAGAGGAGCCAGGAAGUAGACCGUGCCAGAGAUGAACUGAACAUGAGGGGCGACAAGUACAACCUGUCCAUGCUGGAACAAGAAUGGAAAAGCCUGCAGACAAUGUCAGACAGCCGUGUGCACCAGCUGCGUGCGCUCCAGGGCAUCAUCAACGAGAUCUCCCGAGCCAUCAUGUGGGUGAAUGAGAAAGAGGAGGAAGAGCUCAUGUUCGACUGGGGAGACAAGAACAUCGACCAGUACAUCCCCAGGAAGCAGGAGAGCUACUCAGGCCUGAUGAGAGACCUGGAGGAGAAAGAGAAGGAGCUAAACAAGCUGAAGGUGAAGGCAGAUGGACUCCUGAACAACAACCACCCCGCCUCUGAUAAGAUUGACGCCUACAUGGACACCUUACAGACCCAGUGGAGCUGGCUGCUCCAGAUCACCAAGUGUAUCGACAUCCACCUGAAGGACAAUGCGGCCUACAGCCAAUUUUUCAAGGAGGCCAACGAGACCUACGCGAAGCUGCAGAGAGAGCACGAGUCCAUCCGAAACAAGUUCACGUGUGACAAGAACACCCCGCUGGAUAACCUCACUGAACUCCUGAGAAACCUGGAGAGAGAGAAGGAGCGUGUGAUGGAGAAUAAGAGGCAGGUCCAAAGUCUGGUCAACAAGUCUAAGACCAUUGUCAGGCUGAAGCCUCGCAACCCCGAGGAGAAGAGCAGCAGCCCCGUCAUGGUCCAGGCCAUAUGUGACUUUAAACAAGAACAGAUAGGGAUUCUAAAAGGGAAUAAAGGCAUCCUGAAGGAUAACUCGCAGCGCAGCAAGUGGCUGGUGACGGGACCCGGAGGCAUGGACAUGUUGAUUCCCUCUGUGUGUCUGAAGAUCCCCCCACCGAACCCGCUCAGCAUCGGCCUCGCCAACAAGAAUGAGCAGUAUUAUGAAGCCAUCAUGAGCAUCUGGAAUCAGCUCUACAUCAACAUCAAGAGCCUCAUCUCGUGGCAAUACUGCCUCAAAGACAUGAAUUACAUCAGCUCCCUCACUGUCAGCAUGCUGUCUAAGAUGCGUCCCGAUGAGUACCGCAGUAUCAUCAAAAGACUGGAGACUCACUACCAAGAGUUCCUGCGUACCAGCCAAGGUUCUGAAAUGUUUGGGGAAGAUGAGAAGAAAACUAUCCAGGGCCACUUUGAUGAAGCCCAGAACCACUACGAUACCCUGAUUAUCCAGCUGCCUGCUUACACCAAUAAAGGGGAUGAAGGGGUGAAGCCUGAACCCCCAAAACCGAAGCCUACGUCUUCCACGAUCCACGAGACCAUUGUCAUCAAGGACACUUCCCAGCCUCCCCCAGCCAGCUCCACCCUCAGCCUUACCCUGCUCAGUAGUCUGCAAGAACUUCGACGCAGGCUGGAGCUGGCAGAGUCUGGCCUCACCAGUCAUCUCCACGUUCCCCUGGGGGACAACAGUGUGCACGAGUGCUCGGUGCACAUCCAGAAGCUGCAGACUGCGCACCAAGACUUGGACUCCAUUCAUGAUGAGUACCUGCGACUAAGAGAAAAGAUUAUAAAGCAGCUGGACGGGAUACCUGCCGACUCCGAGCAAGCCAAGUUCCUCCGCUCUGAACUGGAAAUCAUCAACCAGAAACUGGGAGGCCUGCAGGGUCUCUACCCGGCCUACCAUCAAAGGCUGUCAGCUCUUCAGGCCUUGCUCCAGAGCCUUCUCCAGGCUGAAGAUAUCAUUAAAGUCCAUGAAGCCCGGCUGACAGAGAAGGAGACCACCUCUCUGGACCUUCGGGAGGUGGAAAACUAUCGGAGCACGUUAAAGCAAAUGAAGAGUGAUCUGGACCAAAAAAGAGACCUGCUGACUGCUAUGGAUUCUGACCUGGCUAAAGCAGUGCACUGGAAUGGUCACAUCUCAGAGUCCUUCCACAAGUGUGACGGGGACUUGUCCAAGUACUCAGACCUGGUGGGUCAGAUGUCUGACCGCUGGCGCCGCAUCCAAACCCAGAUUGACAGCAGAAUGUGGGACUUGGAGAAGCAGGAGAAAAAGCUGAAUCAUUAUCAGCAGAGCAGCACUCUCCUGCAGCAGUGGAUAGACAAUGCCAGGAAGCGCCAGGACGCGCUCCAGACCGUCAAACUCAGCGACAUUCAGACUCUAAUGGACCACCUCAACCAGCAGAAGGCGCUUCACACUGAAAUUAAAAGAAAGCAGGAGAAAGUAGAGGUUAUGCAGAAAAGCGCAGACACCUGCGCUGUCUCCAUUAAGGACUACGAGCUGCAGCUGGCUUCCUACAGCGCAGGCCUAGAAACUCUGCUUAAUAUUCCUAUCAAGAGAACGAUGCUGCAGUCGCCCGCUUCUGCGGUCAGACAAGAGGCGGCUGACCUCCAUUCUCAGUACAUAGAGCUACUCACCCGCUCCAGUGACUACUACAGGUUCCUUGGGGAGCUGAUGAAGAACAUGGAAGAGCUGAAGAUCAGAAACACCAAGAUCGAGAUGUUGGAGGAGGAACUGAGGCGUCUGAAGGACAACGUCCAGGAUCACAACCAGAAAAACAAGUCUCUGGAGGAUGCUUUGGCCCGCUACAAGCUGGAGCUCAGUCAAUCACAAAGGGAGCUUAUUUCUUUUGAAGAUGUUAAGAGAACCACGGCAAUACAAGUUAACGCUACCAAGGACAGCCUGGCUAGCACACACAGCCAGCUUCAAAAGCUCAAUGACCAGCUGACCCAAAUUAAGUUCCAGCUGGAUGAAGAAAAGAGGAAAAGAAGGUUGGCAGAGGAGCGCUACACCAACCAGCAAGAAGAGUAUGAGGCAGCUGUUCGCCGCAGACAGAAAGAACUGGAAGAACUCAACUGGAUCAAGAUUGACCUGGAAAAGUCUGUGAAGGACAAGGAACGUGAACUGGAGAGGAUGAAGAUACUGCUAGAUGAGGAAGCAGCACGUCGGCGAAAUGCUGAAUCAGAUAUCUCAAAGACAUCCACGAGGAUGAAUGAUUCCCAAAGCCAAUACAGCGAGGUGAUGCUGGAGAGGGACAGUUUGCUGUCCAAGCUGAAACUGCUGGAGCAGGACAAGACUCGUCAGCUGCGCAUAGAGGAGGAGCUCACUCGCAUCAAGCUCACUCUAGAGACCGAGCUCCGCAACAAACAGCGGCUGCAGGAUGAAAAGAAUGCCGUCCUCAAGGAUUUCAACUAUUUUAAGAGCCAGUAUGAGCUGAGAGACAGCGACAUCAAGAGGUUUGAAUCGGAAAGAGACCAGGCUGAUCGAGACAGGCUCUCCCUGAAGAACGAGAUUGAGAGGCUCAUGAGGGAGCUUAAGAGUGUCGAGGAGAGGUACAAGAGUCAUUUGUCGAUCUCUGAAAAGGAGGCUUCAGACCUGGCUCUCAAGAGAGAUGCCCUGGAGAGAGAGAUACAGAGGCUGCAGCAGAAAAACAACACUCUGACCCGGCACACUCAGAUGGAUGAAAAGGUCCCAACAAUCAAUCCAGAAAAGUCCAUGACAGUGAAGGGUCUCCGUGAGGAUGUCUCUCUGGCAGAGCUCAUCAAAUCUGGACUGCUGGAUAAAACUGACUUGGCGAAGUACAACGAGGGAAAGCUCACCAUCAGAGAAAUUGAAGACAAGCUAAAGUCCUAUCUCUAUGGCUCUACCUGCAUUGCGGGGGUCUAUGAUGAAGCCAAUGACCGAAUAAUGCCCUUUUAUCAGGCAAUGAAGGAAGGCCUGCUCAUGAGAGGAACCACCCUGGAGCUUCUUGAGGCCCAAGCUGCUUCUGGCUUCAUUGUUGAUCCAGUCAACAAUGUGUUCUUGACAGUAGAGGAGGCCACAAAGAGAGGCCUGAUAGGAAAAGAGUUUAAGAAUAAGCUGAUGUCAGCAGAGAGGGCCGUAACUGGAUACAGAGACCCAUCCACAGGAAAGACAAUCUCCCUCUUCCAGGCUAUUGAGAAAGAUCUUAUUGAGAAAGGUCAUGGAAUCCGUCUUCUGGAGGCCCAAAUUGCCAGUGGUGGGAUAAUUGACCCCAAAGAGAGCCACCGUAUUGAUGUUGCUGUUGCCUAUAAAAGGGGAUAUUUUGAUGAGGAGAUGAAUGAGAUUCUAACUUAUGAAGGAGAUGACACAAAAGGGUUCUUUGACCCUAAUACUAAAGAGAACCUGACAUAUCUUCAACUUAAGGACAGGUGCAUGAGAGAUCCAAAGACAGACCUAAUACUCCUGCCUCUAAAAGACAAGAAGAAGCUCCAGAAGUCACAGGAGAGCCGCAGCAAUGUCCUUCGCAAGAGGCGAGUUGUGAUCAUUGACCCAGACACUGGGCUGGAGAUGUCAGUGAGGGAGGCCUAUCACCGGGAGAUAAUUGACUACAACACUUUCCUGGAGUUAUCGGAGCAGGAGGGCGAGUGGGAGGAAAUAACUAUCACAGGGUCUGAUGGCUCUGCACGUUUGGUGAUAGUGGACAGGAAAACAGGAACCCAGUAUGACAUCCAGGACUGCAUUAAACGCGGUGUCAUUGACGACAAGGCUUUGGAUCAGUAUCGUGCCGGAACACUAACAUUGACCCAGCUCGCUGACCAAAUUACCAACUGAACCAGCAGCACGGCGAUGACUGUUGAUGACAUGGUCACCUGCAGCAGUCCCACCCAGCUCGCGCCUUCUUCUCCUACCGUUCGUAAACGCUUCAACAUUAUUUCGAUUACUGUUUCCCCCCCUGAGAUGUUCGAUGACCACAGCCCUGUGGCGGCUAUAUUUGACACAGAGACCUUGGAGAAAAUCACUCUGUCUGAAGGGCUCCGAAGAGGCAUCGUUGACACUAUUACAGCACAGAGGCUACUGGAGGCCCAGACAUGCACAGGUGGUAUCAUCAACCCUGCCACCGGUGAGAGACUGUCGCUGCAGGAUGCUGUCCAUCAGAGUAUCAUCGAUGACAGCAUGGGCGCUAAGCUGAAACCUGCCCAGAAAGCCUUUGUUGGUUUUGAGGAUGUGAAGACUAAGAGAAAGAUGUCCGUAGCAGAGGCAGUGAAGGAGACAUGGUUGCCCUAUGAAGCUGGCCAGAGAUUUUUGGAGUUUCAGUACCUGACUGGAGGCCUGAUUGAGCCUGGCACUGGACAUCGUGUCACUAUCGAAGAAGCUAUCCGCAGAGGUUGGCUGGAUGGUCAAGGGGCCCAGAAGCUUCAGAAUACACGGAACCACCAGAAGAACUUGACCUGUCCCAAGACCAAACUGAAGAUCUCCUACAAGGAGGCCAUGGACAGCUGCAUGGUGGAAGAAAGCAAUGGUAUGAAGAUGUUGCAGGCCUCUUCAAUGUCCUCCAAGGGAAUCAGCAGCCCUUACAAUGUCUCAAACCCGGGUUCUCGCUCUGGGUCCAGAGCCGGUUCCCUAGCCGGCUCCAGGAGUGGAUCUCGUAGAGGCAGUGUGGAUUAUUCCUCAACUGUCAGCUAUAACUUCUCCUCCAACACUACCAGCUACAGCUCCAACGAUCACUUUUAAUACACACCAUAAAAAAAAGCUAGACAGCAGUUUGCUUUUCUGUUUGCUUUUCUAAAUGUUAGCUUGAGUGCAGUUUUUGGUGUUUUAGUGUUUCAAUAUUCAACUUAAUACAGACUAUGAUUAAUACUUCUAACGCAUAUAUGUUGAAUGAAUAUAUUUUUCAUAGCUCAUUUUAAUAUAGGGAUUUUUGGGGCAAUUUAACAAUUUCUUAUUAGAAAAUAUGCUUGUUCACCUCUGUUUCAGCAUGCAGUCAAAAUUAAGUUUCCUAUUGUUCAUUCCUAAUUUUUUUGCACCUUGAUUUAUGUUGUUUUUCAUUCAUGUUUUUGAAAAAAGUUGUUUUGUUAAUUGCAAAUGCUGAAGUUUAGCUUAAAAUACUGACUUGACAAUGUAAUGAUCAACAAUGAAAAUUCCUUGCCACUAAAAUGUUAUUCUCACGUGAUUGAAAAUAAAGUUGUCACCACAA